CUUUUGCAAGGUUUAACACAAGAGACGGGCCAAAGUGUGGGGAGACGCACACGUGCAACGAUGAGGCAUGUCGUCGUCGUCCUGUGGCUCCCCGUCGUCCUGCUCGUCGCGAUAGGGGUGGCAUCAGCGUCGGCGGAGGCGGCGGCGGCGGCGCAGGACCAGCUCACGGCCCAAGAAGCCUAUGAGCGCGCCUUGGUCCUGCUCCGUUCCACGCUGUCCAAUCCCAGUGGAGGCACACGGGCAGCCGCGGGAGGUACGAGGGGGGCAGGCUCUCAUGCUGGUGCUGGCUCAGGUGCCAAGUCGGAGGCGUCCAAAGGCGCAGCCCCGUCCGAGAGGGUGCUCGCCUCGUAUCGCGACGUGCUCUCCUCAUGGUCGCCCUUCAGCACGAUGCAGCGCCUCUACCAGUACCUGACCGACUACCUGCGCCUGGUUUUGGGAAGCAGCAGCAGCAGCGAGGGAACAAGUGCCAAGAAGGGGAGCAGGAGACGGGCGUCGAAGAAGAAGCUGUGGGAGACGAGCGGGGCGGCGCGGUGGGACCACGAGGCGAGCUACGGCGAUGCAAAGGACAGCGUCGAGGUCGAGCAAGCCCGACGGUGGGCCAUGGCCAGGCCCGAGCAGGUGUGGCCCGAGUGGGACGGUGGCGACGAUGCCUUUUUCGGGCCCUUUGAGACGAGCGAAUGGGAUGUGGCCAAGCGGGCGAUGAGGAGCGACGUGCACAGGAGCACUACUGGCAGCAGCAGCAGCAAGCCAAAGAAGGACAGGGCGGCCCUGGCAACGGCUGCCGACCGGCGGCGCGACGAGGCAGUCGGUCUCCUGACGUGGGCAUCGGGCUGGGGCGACAGUGCUGCGUCGGAGGAAGAGAUCAGCGCGCUGCCGUCGAUCGACUGGCGCCACGAGGCGUCGAGAAGUCCGUCGCGCGACGAGUACCAGUCGUACAUCGACGAUUUCCUUGUCUCGUCAGCCAUCAAUGACUCAUCUUCGCCGCCGCCGCCGCCGCCGCCGCCGCCGAGCAGACCGCAUACAGACGCACUCUGGGUCCUGGCCACGCACUCGCUCUGGGGCACCCACGGUGCACGGCCCGAUCCAGCGCGGGCCAAGGCCUGCUUCCAGCGGCUGGCCUCGCUCAACGGCAAUGCCAGCGCCCACCGCAUGCUCGGCUGGCUCGAGGGCGGCGCGUGGGGCAGCGAAGGGUGGCAGCUCGUCGGCGCAGAGAUGCCGCUGGAGCUGCUGGGCGACGAGGACCGCCAGGCGCGCGCCCUGACCCACUACACGGCUGCUGCCGAGGCCGGCGACGCCAUCGCCCAGAGCGCACUCGCCUUUCGCUACCACGCCGGCGUUGGCGUGCCCGAGAGCUGUGGCCUGGCUCUCCUGUGGUUCCAGGAGAGCGCGCGCGACGCCCACAAGCGCUACACCUCGGGCCCACCCGGCGGCCUCACACUUCCCUACACCCAUCUCCGCCUCUCGGACAUGGCUGGCGGUGCCUAUGGGCCGGGCUCCUCGGCUGCCUCAACGGGCCACGCGAGACUGACGCCCGCCAUCCACGCCUCGCUCCACUCGAUUCCCUCGGAUGGCUCGGGCGAGCACCGCCGGCUCGAGGACUUUCUCGAGUUCUUCACCUACCAUGCCGAGCGAGGCUCGACGGGCUUUGCGCUCCGGCUCGCACGCAUCUACUACGGCGGCAGCGUGCUGGGCAGCAGCGAGAGCGCAGGCCGGGUGCCGCGCGACUACGAAAAGGCGCGCGAGUAUGCGCUCCGCAUCACCCGCCAGCUCUGGCCCACCGACAGCGCCGUCGUGCGCCGCGGUGGGCCUGCAGGUGGGGUUGAAGCACAGCCGGGGCAAAAGGGCCACGACCUCAAGCUGACGAAAGUCGACGAGACGGUGGCCACCCACGCCGGCGUCGCGGCCGGCCUCGUAGGCCGCAUGUGGCUGCGCGGCGAGGGCGUGCGCCAGGACUACGCCCGCGCCUGGGUCUGGUUCUCGCGCGGCGCUGAGCAGUCCGACGCCGAGUCGUUCAACAGCCUCGGCAUCAUGUACCGCGACGGGCUCGGCGUGGCAAAGGACGUGAAAAAGGCCGUCGAGUUCUUUGAGCUCGCCGCGGGCCAGGGCUCCAUCUCGAGCGCAGAGGCCUGCGUCAACCUCGGCAAGUUCUACUACGAGAUGGGCGAGUGGCACAAUGCCAGCCGCUACUUUGAGCUGGCCGUCAAGCUGCACAACCAGUUUGAGGCCCACUACUACCUCGCCUCGAUCAAUGCACGCAUGGCCCGGCUGAGCGGCAUCGCCGACAGCGGUCCAGCCUCCUCCUCGUCCUCCUCGUCCACUUCCAUGUUCGAGAGAAUCGGCCCGCCGGGCACGGCGUCGUACGAGCGCUGCCGCAGCGCCGUCACCAUGUUCAAGUACGCCGUCGAGCGCGCAGACUGGGGCGAUGCGACGUUUGCGCGCGCCGAGCGGGCCUGGCACCGCGGCUUCCGGGGCAUGGCCCUCAUGGGCUGGGCCAUGGCCGGCGAGCGCGGCUUCGAGGCGGCCCAGAACAACGUCGCGUGGGUCCUCGACCGCGACAAGCAACGCCUCCGCCUGCCUGCCUUCUUUGGUCUUUCCGCCGCGCAGGGAGAAGCCGGCGCAGCGGGAGAGCAGCAGGGAAAGGAACAGGGUGGCCCGCCGCGGCUCGACGGCGCAAACUCGACGGACCGCCUGGCGCUGAUCCACUGGACGCGCAGUGCCGCGCAGGACAACGUCGAUGCCAUGGUCAAGAUGGGCGACUACUACUACUACGGUCUUGGCAUCUCUCCCCCUUCCUCUUCCUCCUCUUCUUUUUCUUCCUCCUCCUCUUCCUCGUCGUCCAAGCCCUCCGUGCUCGUGCCUGCGUACGACAAGGCGGCCGCCUGCUAUGCCGCCGCCGCCGACCGGCAGACAUCGGCGCUGGCCUACUGGAACAUGGGCUGGAUGUACGAGUCCGGGCUCGGCGUGCCCCGCCAGGACUUCCACCUGGCCAAGCGCUACUACGACAUGGCCUGGGAGACGAACCCGAGCGAGGCCUACCUGCCCGUGAUGCUGAGCCUGAUCAAGCUCCAUCUGCGCGCUCUCUGGGCCACGCUGCUCCACGGCGACCAGAGCGCGCUCAGCCUGUUUUCGAGCUAUGCGCUCCUGGGCUCGUCGAGCCUCUCGGGCGCUGCUGGCGGCCUCGGUGCCGGCAUCAUUGGCGGCGUUGGGGUCGGCGGUGCUGGUGCUGGUGGUGGUGUCGGUGGCGCUGGUGGUGCUGGCGGUGGCGCAUACACUGAGCAGCAGGAAGUGGAGCAGCGGGCCGCGAGGGCAGCCGCUGCCGCCGAAGCAGCCGAAGGAAACGCUGCCGGAACAGCCGCUGGUGCCCGGGGCCGGAAACGAGGCAGCAGUGGCGAGCUGGCAGACCCAAACCUGCCCGAGACGUACGCCGCAGGCGAUGGAGAUGGAGACGAUGACGAUGCAGAGGGAGCGUAUGGCAGCGAAGACGACGACGACGACGACGACACAAUCGAGGGCGCCCUCAUCGUGUUUGGCCUCGCGGCGCUCGCGGGCCUCGUCUACUGGCGCCAGGGCGUCCAGCUGCGGCUCGACAGGAUGCGGCGCGAGAAUGCCGCGCUGCUCGACCAGGCCAACCGCGGCGGCGGGGCGGGCAUCCAGGCCGCACAUCAGCAGCAGCAGCAGCAGCAGCAGCAGCAGCGCGACGAGGAAGACGAGAGGCGCAGACGCGAGCAGCAGCAGCCCUUUGGCUGGCCACCGGGCGAGGAAGCCAACCACCUGGCAGGCCUGUAGUGAUGAGAUGACACAGCGAUAUCCUCAAAAAAAGAAAAAAAAAAUGAGAUUCAAUUCAAUUAGAUGAUGCAAGA